GGCCCGGCGGCAGCAGCUGCAGCCGCCGCAGGACUGGAGGCCCACCUGGCGGCGCUGGGGCUGGGGCCAGCCGGCAAGGGCCCGGGACCCGCUGGGGGCAGCUGUCCAUGCGCCCCGCAGCCGUCCGCCCCGCAACCCCAGCCGCCCGCCGCGGCCCCGCAGUCCGGCGAGGACCCAACGGAGACGAGCGACGCGCUACUGGUGCUGGAGGCGCUGGAGUCGGAGGCCGAGAGCCUGGAAACCAACAGCUGCUCGGAAGAGGAGCUCAGCAGCCCGGGCCCGGGGGCUGGCGGAGGAGGAGGCGUCGGCCGCCACGCGUCACUGCAGCCCCUGACCCCCGAGCUGCUGCCCGCGCCCUUCCCGCUGCAAGACCUGGUGCCCCCGGGGCGACCCUCCAGAGUGGAACCCCAGCCGCCCCCGCAACAGCAGCAGCCCGCUGCGCCGCUCCGGCCGCCCCUGGGCACCUCUCGCAAGGGCUCGCUUAGAAUACGCCUCAGUCGCCUCUUCCGCACGAAGAGCUGUAACGGGGCCUCGGCCGGCGGGGAUGUGGCCGGCAAGAGGCCUCCCGGGGAGCUAGCUGCCUCCUCUGUGAGUCUGACCGACGUGGGAGGCCCCAGGGCCGGGGAGUCUGAGGCGGCGAGGAAACCCAGGUUGACAAGAACUCAAAGUGCCUUUUCUCCGGUCUCCUUCAGCCCCUUCUUCACAGGUGAAACGGUGUCACUUGUGGACGUGGACAUUUCUCAGCGAGGUCUGACCUCUCCACAUCCUCCAACUCCCCCUCCUCCUCCACGAAGAAGCCUCAGCCUCCUAGAUGAUAUCAGUGGGACGCUGCCUACAUCUGUCCUAGUGGCUCCGAUGGGGUCUUCCCUGCAGUCUUUUCCCUUGCCUCCACCUCCUCCGCCCCAUGCCCCAGAUGCAUUUCCCCGGAUUGUACCCAUCCGAGCUACUGAAUCCCUACAUAACCAACCCACCCAGCACCUUCAAUGUCCUCUCUACCGACCUGACUCUAGCAGCUUUGCAGCUAGCCUUCGGGAAUUGGAGAAGUGUGGUUGGUAUUGGGGGCCUAUGAAUUGGGAAGAUGCUGAAAUGAAGCUGAAGGGGAAGCCAGAUGGCUCCUUCCUGGUACGGGACAGCUCUGAUCCCCGAUAUAUCCUGAGCCUCAGCUUCCGAUCCCAGGGAAUCACACACCAUACCAGAAUGGAGCACUACAGAGGAACUUUCAGCCUCUGGUGUCACCCCAAGUUUGAGGACCGUUGCCAGUCAGUGGUGGAAUUUAUCAAGAGAGCCAUUAUGCACUCUAAGAAUGGGAAAUUUCUCUAUUUCUUAAGGUCAAGAGUUCCAGGGCUCCCACCAACUCCAGUCCAGCUUCUCUAUCCUGUGUCCAGAUUCAGCAAUGUCAAAUCUCUCCAGCAUCUUUGCCGCUUUCGGAUCCGACAGCUUGUCCGAAUAGAUCACAUCCCAGAUCUUCCUUUGCCGAAGCCUCUGAUCUCUUACAUCAGAAAGUUCUACUACUAUGAUCCUCAAGAAGAAGUAUACCUGUCCUUGAAGGAAGCCCAGCUCAUUUCAAAACAGAAGCCGGAGGUGGAGCCCUCUACGUAGCGAGGGGCCCCCAUGACAGUUGUGUUGCUGUCAGGUAUUUUGGUUGCCAAGCUCCAGUUGCAAAGAACCAAAUGAAGCUACAUGGUUGGUAAGGGAAGAGAAGAGCAAAUGGGAAGGAGGAACAGUUUGAACUUUCUGUACAAAAUGUCUGACUCCCAGAUAAGGCACAGAA